AUGGAUGGCCAACGUCAGCAAUAUAUCCCUGGAGCUCCCAUGGGAUCGCUCCCGCAGGGUCAUAUCCCCUUUCCUCCACCUCCGCCACGAACCCAAGCCUCUCAUGGCAUAACGCUACCGCCGCCACCGAGGCCUCCACCGACUUCGCUGUACGCGCUUCAGGGGAUGCAGCAGAACUGGGCAAGGCAGGGGAUGAACCAACAAUACCUACCUCCACCUCCCAUGAUGCCGGUAAACCAAAACCAGCAUUUAGCAGCAUACAGCAUGCAGCAACAACGGAAGCAAGGGUCUCUUUCCAUACAACCUACUAUGAGUUCCGAUGAUGCACCUCUCACGUCUGCUACCUACAUUCCGGGACGAGGGACAUUCGGCCCGGGUGUGGGAAUUCCUCCGCUCGUUACGCACGAGUCUCACCCCCCGUUUGGGAGACAAGACCCGUAUGCCUACCAACAACAAGAUUUCGGAACAUUUAGACAACAAUACUACAAACAGCAGCAAUCGAAUGAAGGAAUAGCUCAACAUCACCUGGCCCAGAGACCAUAUCAGCUAUCUAUACCUCAGGCCACACAGCUAGACUCUCUCUCUUCUGGACCAUCCACUGCUACAGCAUACAGCGCCGUUCCCCAGACAGCAAUCCCUUCCUCUGAUGCACAACAAUAUAUAAACCAAACGCCCAGUAAUAAUGCGGGUUCAUUGAAUGGAACGGCCCCUAACGGCGAUGCUGAAAGAUGGCCUCUAGACCGAGUGUUGCUCUGGCUAGCGAACAAUGGUUUCUCGCAGGAUUGGCAGGAAACCUUCAAAGCACUUGACCUAAAAGGAUCUGCAUUUAUCGAGCUGGGCUCUAGAGGAAAUGUCGGCAAGAUGCACCAGGUGGUUUACCCCCAACUAGCCAAGGAAUGCGUCAAAAGCGGGACCGGGUGGGAUCAUUCUCGUGAACGAGAAGCAGGAAAACGCAUGUGUAAGCUCAUUCGACGGAUUUCUAGUACCCUUGGGCCUGAGACUGGUGGAACUGGGCGGUUUUACGAAAAUCAAGCUUCACACAGUGCAUCUACGGAUGGCGGGAUAGAAAACUCGCCAAAUUUAAACAGAGAACCUAUGUCGGCAGUGUCUAACAAUAUCACUGCAGAAAGCAGCCCUGGACCGCAAUUUGCGGAAGUAGACGCGUCAAGUGCUGCUCAGAGACAACACCCUAGUCAAUAUAUGACCGUUCCAAACGCUGACAUUCCAACGAAUGAUACCAAUGGACAGGAUGCUACUCUCCGACGAAGAAAUAGUCCGUCAGUUUCAAGCGACACAGGAUUCCCACCACCUACAUACUCUGACACCAAAUCCCAUGCCAGCAGCCCUGCGGCUCAAUUUGCGUCUCUUGCUUCUCCUGGCCAUAAUAAACGAAAUAGUUCUGAUUCGACCAUGAGUCGUGGCCUGUCAUCACAGGGCGGAGCUGGCCCCAACGGCCCCAAUUCUUCUAUCCGGACCAGCAUCGGUGCUGCACUAGGAGACUGGCGUGCCGGCCACAACUCCUCUCCCCAGGAGCAACCGAAACAGGCAAACGAUAACCCACACACCCAAGGUAAAAGCUUAUUCCAUAUUUUCAGGAAGAAACCAAAUCAUGACAACCCUCAUCAAUCUUCUGAUGAAAUGUUUGAUUCUCCAACAAGCCCUGGGGUGGGCCCCGGAGUAGGCGUCCGCCAUAAUGCUUCAUUUGCAACUUCCGGACAGACACCAUCCUUGGUAUCCGAUCAUGAUAAACCCCGGGCCCAACCUUGGGGUAUACCACCGCCUUCGCCCGCCAAGAAGUUUGUCUUUGGGACCGUUGAUGGAUGGAACUUUCGCUUGAUUGAUGUUUCCGAUGUUGAUGCUGCUGAUUCACUCAGGGCUCUUAUCUGUAAUAGUGUUGGUAUCAAAGAUCCUGGAAGUGCUUUGAUUUACCUCACUGAGCCCGGACAAAUUAUGCACGAGGAGCCUCUCAGUGACACUAUGUUGGUAGUUAAUCGCCGUGCUAGAUCUGAUCAUUUAGGAAGCUUGAAAUUCUUUAUUCAGAGUAUUGCGAUGCCACCGUCUGCGGGACUGGGAGUCACAUUUGAAACGUCAAUGAAUGGCUAUAGAGUCCCGCUGGAUAUGGCUGAAGAGCAUGGAAGUCAAGUUUCUACAGCACGGCGAGUUGCUCCACCUCAGAACACCCUUUCAAAUACUGGUGUCUUCUCAUCCCCUAGCGGAGGACAGGCUACCAUAUUGAGCCCCUCAUCCGAUCAAGAAAAAGAAGCUAUGAUACAGCGUGCACACGAGCAACAUCUACGCGAAGCCGAACGUAAACAGAAAGCCUACCUUGAAUCAAGGAAGGACAGAAAUCAACGAACUGACAUUUCCAUCGGAAACACCGCCGUUAGCAUCAAGGGUGACCGGGUAAUUGAUUUUAAUGCCCCCCGCACUUCGCCGUACGAGGAUAAACGAUCAGAUACCCUGAUACCGUUACGCAAGCCACCGCUGGCUCCGUCGGAGUCAAACACACUUACCAAAGUCAACUCUCUUAGCAAAAAGCCUGAAGACCUCCGAAUGAGGAAUUCUAAGGAGUUUCAGCCUGAUUUCCAUAGGCAACCUUCAUCGGAUACUAAGUCAAAUUCACCGGGUAUUGGGUUUGGCUUAGGAGCCGCCUUGGCCAGUGUUGGAAAGAUGUCGGGGGUAAUUGGAACGCCAAUGGGAUCGUCUACCACCACCCUCCCGUCAACGGAGAAUGUAGGGAGACCAGAAUCGAGCCGCUCUGAAUCCGGCGCUAUAUCUCCCGGUACAACGACGUCCGCAGAAAAAGAGAGUUUCCCCUUGAAUACGCCAGGCCACAGCGAAAUUGGUGAAUCUAACAAUAAUCAAACACCUAGAAACCCUGCCAGCGAAUGGAGUAGCAGACCAGAAACCUCAGAAUCUUCGCUCCCAUCGAAGCCAACGUUACAAUCUCGAAAGUCUUAUGGCCCUGACUUCAACUUCCAGGAAUCCACGGUUCCAUUUGCUAAAUCUCCAUUACAAGAAGAUUCGGAUGAUGACUCGGACUCUGGUCUUUUCGCUAAGCCUAUAGCUCGUCCAGCUCCUCCCCAAGCUAAGAGGAAGCCAGUUGCCGAUACCUCUAAAAGUGAAGAUCUCAAGCCAACAUUAAAGGUUAAUACAGAAUCUAGGUCUAUCAAGGGGCGCUCUGUGGCAUUUAAAUCACCGACUACCUCAGGUGCCUCGGGAAAUCUCCCUUCUAGUGCUAUUUUUGAUCUGACUGAAAAUCGAAACUCCACUGACGCCGACACCAGCAACCCAUCAACGGAUGAUCGUGACUAUGACAGGCGACGUGAAUCAUUUGUUAGAGAUGAUAUUUGGGCAAGUAGACCUCCUGUGGAAGGGAUGAUCGACCAUUUAGACGACUUCUUCCCGGGUGUCGAUCUAGACGAGCCUUACUUAGAUGGAAAUGUCCAAUCUCCGCCGUUAUCACCCUCUGGGCCAUCAUCUAGAGAUGAAGCAGAGCCUGAAGCGACAGAUAUUAGUGGUACCGCGGGUCAAGCUACAGGUACAACUGGAUAUCCGCCUUUGAAGGAUCUUCCAGACGUGUUAGGAUCAGCUGAAUCAACACUCAAGGCAAAGAGAGUACCAAGCACAGUGGCACACAGGAAUUUAUCACGUUCAGGUGGAUUGAACAGGAUGAAAUCUAUUCGUGAAGUGGCUAAGGGAGCUCACCAAGUAAACCGACACCAGAGUAUACAAAACAAAGGUGCGGCUGCAUCUGGAAUCCUUCGAAGGAAAAGUACCAAAAUGUUUGGCGCUAGGAUUAUGCAAAUUAGUCCAAAGCCAGGAACACGGUUAAUUGACUUGGAUCCAAUGCCACAGCAACCAUCAGCAAUGAUACAACAAGGAAAACUUCCACAGAGACAACCAACUUUCCGUAUCAUCAGGGGUCAACUUAUUGGGAAAGGAACAUAUGGCAGAGUGUACCUGGGCAUCAAUGCGAAUACUGGUGAGAUCUUGGCCGUGAAACAAGUUGAGGUGAAUCAGAAGGCUGCCAAUUAUGACAAGGAUCGUGUGAAGGAACUGGUUUCUGCUAUGGAUCAGGAAAUUGACACUAUGCAGCAUCUGGAACACCCUAAUAUUGUCCAGUAUCUCGGAUGCGAGCGAGGCGAUCUUUCAAUAUCGAUUUAUCUCGAAUAUAUUCCUGGAGGUAGUAUUGGCAGUUGUCUUCGAAAGCACGGAAAAUUUGAGGAAAGCGUUGUGAAAUCCUUGAACCGCCAAGUGCUAAGUGGCCUUGCAUACCUCCACGACCAAGGAAUUCUUCAUCGAGAUCUCAAAGCAGAUAACAUCCUACUCGACCUCGACGGUGCCUGUAAAAUCUCGGAUUUUGGUAUCUCAAAGAAGAGUGAUAAUAUUUAUGGAAAUGAUGUUACCAAUUCCAUGCAAGGUUCGGUCUUCUGGAUGGCUCCUGAGGUAGUUCAAUCGCAGGGCCAAGGGUAUAGCGCUAAAGUGGACAUAUGGUCGCUCGGCUGUGUGGUCCUUGAGAUGUUCGCAGGUCGACGUCCAUGGAGUAAAGAAGAAGCUAUUGGGGCAAUCUUUAAACUGGGUAGCUUAAACCAAGCGCCUCCUAUUCCUGAGGAUGUGGCACUUGCUAUUGAACCUGCCGCUCUUGCCUUUAUGUAUGACUGCUUUACAAUUGAUACCUUCGACCGUCCGACCGCAGAGACGCUUUUGUCACAGCACCCAUUCUGCACCGUCGACCCGAAUUUUAAUUUCCUUGACACUGAAUUACAUGCCAAGAUCAGACACGUCCUUUAG